CUUAAGCUGGCAACCCAUUUCUAGUAUAUUCGCCUGAUACAGGUUCCUGAUUGGUCGAUUCGGUUCUAGAAAUCUCUGCAUUUCAUUCGUAGUAUAUAAGAGCGCGCUAAACUUGACAACGGCUUCAAUGUUGUAGAUUCGUUUUUCGAAGCGGUACUUUAUAGUAGGAAAAUGGUGGCAGUAGGUAUUGACUUAGGAACUACGUAUUCGUGUGUGGCAGUGUGGCAAAAUAACAAUGUAAAAGUGAUUGUGAAUGAACAAGGCAAUCGAACAACACCAUCAUUCGUUGCGUUCACACACCGCGAGCGUGUCAUCGGCCAAGCAGCGAAAAACCAGGCCGCUUUCAAUCCAAAAAACACAGUUUUCGCCGCUAAACGCCUCAUCGGACGUAGAUACGAUGAUGUGGGUCUCCAAAUGGAUCUACGGCUCUACCCCUUCAAAGUGAUCAACGAAAAUGAUGCUCAACGGCAGGCUACUAGAUUGGCUGGGAGUAUUGCUGGCUUAGAAGUUAUUAGAAUUAUUAAUGAACCGACCGCCGCCGCGCUCGCGUUUGGUUAUGAUAAGAAAUUUAGUGGUGAACGAAAUGUUUUAAUUUACGAUUUAGGCGGUGGCACUUUUGACGUUUCUAUUUUAACGAUAAGUGAUUCUGUGUAUGAAGUCAAGGCGACUGCUGGAAAUUCGCGGCUCGGUGGUGAAGACUUUGAUAAUAGAUUAGUGGCGUAUUUCGCCGAGGACUUCAAAAAUCGCUACGGCAAAGAGGUGCUUAGACACGGCAAGUGCUUGAAACGUUUAAAAUCUGCGGCUGAGAAAGUCAAAUUAAGCUUGACCUCAGCAGCUGAGGCUACAGUGCACAUAGAAUCUUUAUACGACCGCAUUGAUUACCAUAAUCGCAUUUCAAGAGUAUUAUUUGAAGACCUAUGCUCCGAUCUCUUUGAAGAUACAAUCAAACCAAUAGAUAAAGCCCUUAAAGAUGCUCGCAUGUUAAAAAGGCACAUCCAUAACAUUGUAUUAGUUGGAGGAAGUACUCGAAUACCAAAGAUAAAAGAUCUCUUGAAGGAGUUUUUCAAUAAAGACCUAACUAGUUCUAUUAACCCAGAAGAGGCGAUCGCCUGCGGUGCAGCCAUUCAAGCAGCAAUCCUGUCUGGAGAUAUAAAUGAAAUAAAUAACUUGCUUCUAGUCGAUGUUGUGCCAUUAUCUUUAGGUGUUGAAACAGCUAGGGGUAUGAUGUUCAAAGUAAUAGAACGUAACACGCCAAUACCAUGCCGUAAAGUCAAAGAAAUCACCACUUUGGAGGACUACCAGAAUUGUAUGACAAUAGAAGUAUUCGAGGGCGAAAGAACACUGACAAAAGACAAUAUUUUAUUAGGUGUUUUUGAACUGAACGAUAUUCCGCCAGCACCGAGGGGAGUUGCCAAAAUCGAUGUAAUUUUCGAUAUAGAUGCAAAUGGCAUUUUAAAAGUUUCAGCACGUGAUAAACGCACAGGCAAUUGUGAGACUAUCACGAUAGAAAAUACGCAUCGUUUAAGUAAUAAUGACGUAAGCAGAAUGAUCGCUGAUGCUGAGAAGUUUCGAGAAGAAGAUAUCGAGAAUAGAAAAAGAUUGGAGGUCAGAAAUCAGUUGGAGACUUAUAUUUAUGGGGUAAAGCAGACAGUGGUCGAUAGCUUGGAGAGUCUGAGUAGCGACGAGUGUGCAUUUUUGAUUGGGGAAUGCAAAGACGCUAUCGCCUGGGUAGAAGAGAACAUGGACUGUCUUCGGGAGGAGUAUGAGAGAAAGAUGUCGGAAUUGCUACGUCGUUGGUCUGCUACCAUAAGUAAAUUGAAUAAGAGAUGGAGGCAUCGUGCUAAAAGACAAAGAAGUGAGAACAUAGAAAACGAAGCAACAACAAUUACGGAGGUUGAUUAGGUUUAGGAAAAUUGUAUGAUGGAAAAUGCGCAUUAUAAUAAGAAUUUAAAUUUUACAUUAGUUCUAGAAUUUCAGAUCACCAAUUUUCUACAAGGUUUAAUCAAGGACUAAAUUCACCCCAUAAUCCCAUAUUGGUCAUGGGACAUCUAGAACAGUUUGAAAAAUAACUUUAGUACUUUUACAUGACACUACCUCAAUUUGUAAUUAAACUAAUUAAGUUAAAUAUAGAAAGGAAUGUA